GCAGAGCAAGGAAGGAUGUGCAGAUGGAGGAGGAGGAGAAGGAGAGCAGGCGCAAAGAGCUGCUGUUCGCGCUGCUGACGCACGCGCAGGACUUACGCACAGAUAUCCCAGUAUGUGCGGGCUGCAGUCAGCCCAUAGUGGACCGCUUCAUCCUGAAGGUGCUGGACCGACACUGGCACAGCAAGUGUCUGAAAUGCAGCGACUGUCAGAGCCAGCUGACCGAGAAGUGCUUCACCAGAGGAGACAGCGUGUACUGCAAAGAGGACUUCUUCAAGAGGUUUGGGACGAAGUGUGCGGCAUGUCAGCAGGGUAUCCCCCCGACCCAGGUGGUACGCAGAGCCCAGGACUUUGUUUACCACCUGCACUGCUUCGCCUGCAUCGUCUGCAAAAGGCAGCUGGCCACAGGGGACGAAUACUACCUGAUGGAGGACAGUCGACUGGUCUGUAAGGCCGACUAUGAGACGGCCAAACAAAGAGAAGCCGACUCCACAGCCAAAAGGCCACGCACCACCAUCACAGCCAAACAGCUGGAGACUCUGAAGAACGCCUACAACAACUCGCCCAAACCAGCCCGGCACGUCCGCGAGCAGCUCUCUUCAGAAACAGGCCUGGACAUGAGGGUGGUGCAGGUGUGGUUCCAAAACAGAAGGGCAAAAGAGAAGAGACUGAAAAAGGACGCAGGAAGGCAGAGGUGGGGACAGUACUUUCGGAACAUGAAGAGGUCAAGGGGCAGCUCCAAAUCUGACAAGGACAGCAUCCAGGAGGAGGGCAUGGACAGUGACGCUGAGGUUUCUUUUACAGAUGAGCCUCCUAUGUCUGAUCUGGGGCACUCUAACGGCCUCUACAGCAGCCUGAGUGACAGUUCCCCAGCUCUGGGCCGACAGGGUGGACCUCACGCUCCUUUUCCUCUAGAUCCUGGAGCCGUUCUACAAUCCCAGGACCAGUUUCAUGAUCUGCGAUCCAGCAGUCCCUACGGCCUGCCCCAGUCCCCAGGUUCCCUACAGGCCAUCCCUAGGCAACAGCCCCUCAUCUCUAGCCUGGUCUACCCAGACUCUGGCCUGUCCAUGGUGGGCCAGGGCGGCGGGGGUCCUGGGAUGGGUCCAGCUGUGCGGAUGGUGGGUGGUGGAAAUGGGCCCAGUUCAGAUAUUUCAACCGGAAGCAGCGGAGGGUACCCAGACUUUCCGGCAAGUCCGGCAUCUUGGCUGGACGAGGUGGAUCACAGUCAAUUUUGAUGACUGUGGAUGAGGAACUGUGCAGAAAUGGCUGAAAAGUAAUGGAAUGGCUCGAGUUGAGUUGUCUCUUGAGAUAGAACUUCAGAGGAUGACUGCUGGAGGAACUGUCACUUCGCUGUAAUGUCAGAAUCAUUGUCUUUAUUGUCGUCUGCAUGGUGAAAGAAGUAGCAGUUUUGGACAGGAGAGAGACUCCACAUGAAUGGACCCAAAACUCCAGUCAAACGAUCCAGAAAAAGACUUCUUGGGUCCAAUCUGUUUGGUGAGGUUUUACAAAAACACAACAUCAUUACUGAGAACAGUUUGUACCUCCUAAAGACUGGAAAUGGGCGUUCGUUUGCCUUUUAA